CGGGGGGAGGCUGGCUCAGCCGAAAUUUAGCUUUAUUUUACGCUUCGUCAAACUGGCCGGUGUGUAAAUGUGACAGCCGGAGUUGGUUCUUUUCGUUAGAAGUAGCUAAAUGAGGUGAGGAUUACAACGUUACACCGCCGGCGGGCGGCUCGUCGGCGGCGAGCUCACUCCGUGGGCCCGGUGGGUGAAAUUUAGGAGUUCCGAGUGGAAGAUUUUUUUAACUCAGGAGGAUGCAAACAUGCGAUGUCUGAGGAGGCUGUCCGCCAGACUCGCAGCCAGAAGAGGGCGCUGGAGAGGGAGGCUGCCCCACAAUCUGUGGACCUCUCCAAUGCUGACUAUGAAAGCAAAAAACCUAAAUUGGAAUCUUCUGAGCCAUCGUCAGGGGCACAAACUAAACCCAAGCCAGACCUUUUACUGGCACAGGAUGCUCAGAGCCGGACUAGACCUGGAUCCGAUCCUGAAACGGAACCGGAGCCAGAGCAGAGCCGAUUGCCGUUACCUUUAGUGUCACCCCUGACUUCAAAAGACGAUCGUGAUCGGACACAGAAACACCAGACGACUGAGUCCGGCUCAGACAAUCGAAUUCACUGCAAUGACAGACAAAGGAUGGAGCCAGCUGUGGAGCCUCGGAGCCAGCUCCGGCAGACUGAGGCUAAGACCUCAGGUGGGACGCUCGCUGCGGGCGAGGUGAAGGCAACGAUCAAAGUGGAGGUUCAGACCGAGCAGCCUGUGGACAUGAGCACCAGCAAAGGCAUAAAAAGGGAGAAGCGCCCACCGUCCCCUGAAGACGACGACGACGAUGUCAUCAUCUUGUCGGAUAACGACUCCCCUAGUCCACCAAUGAAUGGCCUGAGCCACUUUAAGGAGCUGGACACCGACCUGCUCAUGAGGAGCAGCCCUGCGGAAAGAGAGCGUAUCAUCAAGCAGCUGAAAGAGGAGCUAAGACUAGAGGAGGCCAAGCUGGUGCUGCUGAAGAAGCUUCGACAGAGCCAAAUACAGAGGGACACUCUGCAGAAGCCCUCAGGUUUAUCUGGUUCCUCUGCUCCUCCUCCUCUAAUCCGAGGAACAAUUACCAGCAAUAAAGGCUCUCAGCAGAUUCUGACAGGAAGAAGCUCGGGGACAGUGAUCCCUCCUCCUCUGGUCAGGGGAGGACAACAGCUGUCGUCCAAACAUGGCUCCCAGAUCAUAAUGCCACCUCUGGUUAGAGGGGCACAGCCCAUCUCUGUUUCUCCACAGCAGAUCCACGCUCUACGCCAGCAACAACAGCAGCAGCAGUUGGCAGCAACAGGAGGAUCAGGGCCUCCUCCUCUGCUGCUGGGACCGAGGAACUCUGGAACCUCAUCCCAAGGACAGAGAGGCAUGGUCCAGUCAGGCCUCAUCCGGGUGGGCAAUAACACAAACUCACUGGCCUCGCCAUCCGGUGUGAAGGGCUCCUCCUUAGGAAGUGGAGGUGUUUCUGUGGUCAGCAUGAACGACUCUCCAGCUAGCCGCCAUGCUGCAGCUAAACUGGCCCUUAGGAAACAGCUGGAGAAGACCCUGCUGGAGAUCCCCCCACCCAAGCCACCUGCACCAGAGUUCAACUUCCUGCCCUCUGCAGCCAAUAAUGAGUUCAUCUACCUGGUGGGACUGGAGGAGGUGGUGCAGAACCUACUUGAUACUAUCCACAGAGGAAAAAUGGGUGUGCCGCUGUCCAAGCAAGUUGUCAGAGACCCUUUCAUUUGCACUCAGUGCAAUACUGACUUCACCUGUCGCUGGAGGCAGGACAAGGCUAAAGGCGGGGCUGUACUCUGUGAAGACUGCAUGUCGUCCAAUCAGAAAAAGGCUUUGAAAGCCGAGCACACCAAUAGGCUGAAAGCAGCAUUUGUCAAAGCACUGCAGCAGGAGCAAGAAAUAGAGCAGCGUAUUAUUCAGCAGGCGUCCUCACCGGUCUCCCACAGUACCUCAUCAUCCGCCUCAUCUGCUGCUUCGGCACUGAAAGCAGAGCAGCUGGUGUCUCAGCAGCUGAAGCAGGCUCAGGCCAGAGUGUCCUCCCUCCAGCACCACCACCAGGCCAGCAGGGGAGGCAACAUUCUCCAUCAUCACUCCAUUAAGCAGAGCUCGCAGGGCCACCUGUCCCAUGUCUCAUCCGUGGGGGUGAGGGGCGUCCCCCACUCGUUCUCCUCCUCUUCGCAGCUGCAGAGCGCAGUGGCGGCCGCAGCUCUGGUUAGCCGGCCAGGUAAGCAUGCCCAUGUUUCCCACCGCUCUGUCCAGAGUUCAAAGGUGAGCAGCAGUGGGAUCGGCGGCGGCCGGAAUGUCAGCGGAGGUAGUGCCUCAUCAGCUGCAUGGAAGAAGCAGAACAGCAGUAAUGCAGGAGUAACUAUGGCCUAUGUGAACCCAAGCCUGACUGGUCACAAGAGCUCGGCCACCCCCGACGCCCGUCACAGGGAGUACCUGCUGGACAUGAUCCCCUCCCGCCCUUCAAUCUCGCAGACUGCAAACACGUGGAAAUAAGUGAAUAAAUGGUGCUCUGCUGUCCAGAGGUUGUGUCAAAGCUGCUCAGCUCUGAUAGUUUGGUCCACAGCGCCCCCACAGGACUGUUAAGCAAUUACAAUCUCUCAAAGUGAAGAAACGUUCCUGAAAUCUCUUUGUAAGAUUUUAUCUUUUAGUUUUCAUUAUUCUUGUUGUUUAUUUUGAAGUUCACGCUGUUGUUUUGAUAAAUAUGCACAAACCAUUUUGAGUGGGUCAAAGACAAAAA